AUGACGAGACAAUGCCUUCAGGCCACUGCAAAUGCCAAAGAUACAAUUGCCUAUGGAACUCGCAUAGUGGGUGGCGUAUCACCUGGGAAAGGAGGUUCGACGCACCUUGAUUUACCAGUCUUCAAUACCGUCGAGGAAGCCAUGAAAACGGUCCGACCUCAUGUCAGUGCUGUUUUUGUACCUGCUCAGUUUGCAGCCAAAGCCAUAAUAGAGUCUAUAGAGGCCGAAAUUCCCCUGGUUGUAUCUGUGGCGGAGCAUAUUCCAGUGCAUGACAUGUUACGAGUACAUGAGAUACUUCGUACACAGAGUAAAACUCGGCUCGUAGGGCCAAACUGCCCCGGGAUUAUAGCUCCAGAGCAAUGCCGCGUUGGAAUUAUGCCGUAUAAACAGUAUCAGAGAGGCAGCAUAGGCAUUGUGUCCAAGUCGGGGACUUUAAGCUACGAGGCUGUGGGUGCAACGACUGCAGCCGGACUGGGACAGAGCAUAGUACUGGGUAUGGGUGGUGAUUUACUUCCAGGCACUACCUUGGCAGAUGGCCUCAGACUCUUCUUUGAAGAUGAAGAGACGAAGGGCAUUAUUGUAAUCGGGGAAAUUGGCGGAGAAGCGGAACUCAGAGCAGCUGAGCUGAUCCGAGAAUAUCGACAGUUGACUCCUCGCCCCAAACCAAUCGUAGCAAUGGUAGCCGGGAAGACAGCUCCACUUGGAAGGAUCAUGGGCCAUGCGGGUGCUGUGCUUACCACUAGGGACAUGCCUGCGGAUAUCAAAGCAAAGGCACUUGAGGAUGCUGGUGCAGUGGUAGUUCCGCAUCCAGGGGUCAUGGGAGUUGCAAUGAAAAAAUUGCUUGAGAUGUAA